AUGGCUUGCAGACUAGAUUUGGUUUUGAUCGUCUCCUGCAUUCAUCUGACUUGCUUGUCAUGUCAACAAGAAUCCAGUUUUGUCUACAAUGGCUUCAACCAAGCAAAUCUUUUUGUUGAUGGGCUUGCCAGGAUCCUUCCUGGUGGAAUUUUGCACUUGACAAAUACUACAGAGUUGCAAACUAGGUCAUGCUUUCUUCAAGAGCCAUUUGAUUUUAAUCCAUCUUCGUCACUCUCAUUUUAUACACAUUUUGUGUGUGCGUUGGUGCCUCCUAAGUUCGGAGCUGAUGAUGGUGGCCAUGGGAUUGCCUUUGUUGUAUCUCCUUCCAUGAAUCUCUCUCAUGCAUACUCAACUCAGUACCUGGGCAUCUUCUCUUCUCACCUGCUAGCCAUUGAGCUCGAUACUGUUGAGACAGUAGAGUUUAGUGAGCUAGAAAAGGCUCAUGUUGGGAUUGAUGUGAACAACCCGAUAUCUGUUGAAUCUGCUCUCCCGUCUUACUUUUCCAGUGCAUUGGGGAUGAAUGUAAGCAUAAAUCUCCUGAGUGGGGAGCCUAUCCAGGUCUGGGUGGAUUAUGAUGGAUCGUUGCUAAAUGUUUCUCUGGCCCCUAUAGAAAUCCAGAAACCAAAUCGACCUCUUAUUUCAAGAGCCAUCAAUCUGUCAGACAUUUUUCAAGAUAAAAUGUAUGUUGGGUUCUCUGCAUCAACAGGGAGAUUGACAAGUAACCAGUAUAUACUUGGGUGGAGUUUUAGUAAAAGCAAAAAAUUAAUCCAGUCUCUGGACCUCACUAAACUCCCACAAGCUCCUCUUCCAAGAGAUGAACAGUCUCCACUUCCUAGAGACGAAAAUAAUAAAUUAUCUCCACUGCAUAUUCAUAUUGGCCUGGUCGUCUUAUUGGUGAUCCCUGUGGUGAUGGUUCUCGUAGGAGUUUAUUGGUACAGGAGAAACAAGUAUGCAGAAGUGAGAGAAUCGUGGGAAAAGGAAUACGGCCCACACCGAUUUUCCUACAAGUCUCUGUACAAAGCAACAAAUGGGUUUGGCAAAGAUGUUCUUGUUGGGAAAGGUGGGUUUGGAGAAGUGUACAAAGGAACUCUGCCCCUAAGCAGGUAUAUAGCUGUGAAAAGACUGUCACACGAUGCAGAACAAGGAAUGAAACAGUUUGUGGCAGAAGUUGUAACUAUGGGAAGUUUACAACAUCGACAUUUGGUUCCUCUUCUCGGGUAUUGCCGGAGAAAGGGUGAAUUACUGCUGGUCUCCGAGUACAUGCCCAACGGCAGUCUUGACCAGUACUUGUUUCAUAACCAAAACCCAUCUCCUUCAUGGUUGCAAAGGAUUUCUAUUCUUAAGGACAUUGCCUUGGCUCUCAAUUACUUGCAUACAGGAGCCAGUCCACCUGUUUUGCACCGAGAUAUAAAAGCUUCUAAUGUCAUGUUGGAUUCUGAGUAUAAUGGAAGGUUAGGAGAUUUUGGUAUGGCCAGGUUUUAUGACCCCAAAGCCAACUUAUCUGCAACAGCUGUUGUGGGUACCAUAGGUUACAUGGCACCUGAGCUAAUAAUAACAAUGGGAGCUUCUACAAAAACUGAUGUGUACGCCUUUGGUGCUUUCCUUCUUGAAGUAGCUUGUGGAAGGCGACCUGUAGAACCUGAGUUACCGGUGGAAAAGCAAUAUCUGAUCAAGUGGGUUUGUGAAUGCUGGCAACAUGCUUCUUUACUCGGGGCAAGAGAUCCAAGAUUGGGAGGAGAAUCCUUCCCAGAGGAAGUUGAGAUGGUUUUGAAACUUGGGUUGCUCUGCACAAAUGUGGUGCCAGAAUCAAGGCCUUCCAUGGGACAAGUGGUGCAGUACCUAAGCCUGGACCUACCCUUGCUGGAUUUCUCACUCAAUACUCCAGGGAUUGGGGGUUUUAUGCAUGUUUCAAUGGAAGCAUCAUCUGCCAUUUGUGUUCCCAAUUUAAGAAAUUCGUUGAUACUUAUGUAUGUUACUCACACGAUUUUGGAAGGGUACGGAAGAUGA